GAUACAUUAACUCUUGCCUUCUCCUGGAAACAUAUAACAAGUGCAAGUAAAAGGGGUUUCUCUGUCCCCAGGUUUAAGAAGUACAGCAUUCACAGAGUUCUGUAAAGUGCUCCAGCUGGCAGGAGAGGCACCUCCGCGGGAUCGUGCUGUCUAAUGACGUGCGCGGAGUUUGAUGCUGGCGCAGACAACAGCUCCACCCAAAAAAGCCCGGCCACAGCAACAGACGCUCACUGCCAAACAUGGCGUUUACCGUGUAAUCGACGUGGGCUCCUGCCCUGUACCGUACAUUAACAAAUCAUGUUGACAGUGACUGUCCUUCUUUCUACACCUUUCUAAGUGCAGAACAGACAAGAUUGAAGGCGAUCCCUCUUCUGUUGCCUGUCAUAUAAAAACAGUGGGACUAGAGUGUAGUACCGGUGAAACACGAGACAGGCACUUUGCUCAGUAAAGGGAGAAAAAAGAGUGAAGACACAAGCAAGUCUGAACGUGGGGCCCCAGGGGAAAGGAGAGCCUGCUAUUGGGGUGACAAUCACGUAAAAAGGCUUUUUUUGAGGUAACCGUGAAGUGGGUAACGAUGGCACUGUUUCAGUCGUCAGUGAAAGUUCCUGGGAUUCAGAAUGUCCGAGUUGAUCCGGAAGUGCUUUUUACUAAGUUAGAACAAAUUGGUAAAGGCUCAUUUGGAGAAGUCUUCAAAGGAAUUGAAAACCGAACACAACAAGUAGUUGCAAUAAAAAUCAUAGACCUGGAAGAAGCAGAAGAUGAAAUAGAAGAUAUACAGCAAGAAAUAACCGUUUUAAGCCAGUGUGAUAGUCCAUAUGUAACAAAAUAUCAUGGAUCGUUUUUAAAGGGUACAAAGUUAUGGAUCAUAAUGGAAUAUUUAGGUGGAGGAUCAGCCUUAGAUUUGCUACGUGCUGGUCCAUUUGAUGAAGUCCAGAUUGCAACAAUGCUGAGGGAAAUAUUGAAGGGUCUAGAUUAUUUGCAUUCUGAAAGGAAGAUUCACAGAGAUAUAAAAGCUGCAAAUGUUUUAUUAUCAGAACAUGGUGAUGUUAAACUUGCAGAUUUUGGAGUUGCUGGACAACUGACAGAUACACAAAUAAAACGACAAACGUUUGUAGGUACACCUUUUUGGAUGGCACCAGAAGUUAUCCAACAAGCAGCCUAUGAUGCAAAAGCUGAUAUUUGGUCACUGGGAAUUACUGCCAUAGAACUAGCCAAGGGAGAACCACCCAACUGUGACAUGCAUCCCAUGAAAGUUUUGUUUCAUAUUCCGAAACAUAACCCACCGUUACUAACUGGAGAUUUUAGCAAAGCAUUUAAGGAGUUUGUGGAACUGUGCCUGAAUAAAGAUCCAUCUUUUCGACCUUCUGCCAAAGAGCUCCUAAAGCAUAAAUUUAUUGUAAAAAAUGCCAAGAAAACAUCUUACCUGACAGAACUAAUUGACCGCUAUAAAGCAUGGAGAGAGGAAGGAAAUGGUGAUGACUCAGAUUCGGAUGAUUCUGAUUCGGAGUCCACUAAUAAACAAGAAACUGUAAGGGGAACAGUUUGGGACUUGGAUGGACCAGACUCUCUAAGUAUACCCAAUGGAGUGGACCAGUCCCGUCCGAAGCCAUUUACAUCUGUAACAACAAUAUUCAAGCCAAUCUUUGAUGAGCUUAGAGAGCAGAACAAAGAUAAUGCACUGAAAAAAGAAGCAAUUGAAGAGCUUGAGAAAAGCAUGAAAGCAGCUGAUGAGCUGUAUCCAGGGAUUGCAGAUAGCAUGGUGAAGAAGAUCCUAGAAAAGUUUCAGAGAUUUUCUGUUAAUGAAGCAUCAUAAGGAAACACUUUGUUACAUUCCUUUGCUGGUUCCAUUGAAAAGACUGGACUGCCUUUCCAAAACAGAAGCCGCCUUGUUUAUUAGGCAGUGUUUAGCCCAAGAAGUUGUGCCUUUGAAAUCAAGAGACAUAUCAGUAAAACUUCAAAAUGUUUUGAAAAAUAUUUUUGAUGGUGACAAAAUAUUUUGCAUUGCCAUAAGCAGAUGUUACCUUUUUACCUUUUUUUUUUUUAAAAAGUACUGUGUACUCUGUUUAAAAUGUGAUUCCUUAGAUGCUGUAUUAAUUACCUAGGGAUACAGUCCUUUGCUCUACAGAGCACUCUUUAGUAUGUUUCUCAGCUUUUAAUUCACCUGCCACAGUUGACAUGGUAAAAGAACGUGUUUUUGCUAUUUGUGGAAGAUUGAGAUUAUUCAAUCUUAGUGUUCAUAAAGGGAGAAUCAGGAACAUUCUGAAGUAGUAAUAUAAAUUAAUCCUUUUAUAUGACAAAAACAUUGUUGCUAUGGUUUAUUAAUGUAGGUUUCAUCACGGCUGAUCCAUUAUAUUGUUUCUUUUUACAGUAUAUCACAGAAGAUGCCUACUGCUUUGCAGUGAGUUCCUUUUGCCAAGUGAAACAUAGCACUACCUCUGUCAGCCCAUUGAGAAAACAUUUUUUUUCUGUUAAGUUUGAUAUUGUGUACAGUUGAUUAUUGAAAGGCAACUUACAGAAUUAAAAGUAUUCUAUGUGGCUUUUCUACUUAAUUGUAGAUAAAUAUGCUUAGUAACUGGAGUGCCACGAGUGCAGCAGAAUGUUACAUCUGCUGCAUUCAAUUUAUACUAUAUUUGUGGCAGCUGCAGUUAUUUAACCUAUUUGAAGGUUGUUAGUACAGGGUAUGAGAUGCAGUAAAUGUAUUGAGAUUGUGUUUCCAUUUUGUAAUCCAGUUUUCUUAAUGUAGAUCACUGGGCCUGAUUCCAGAAGGUUUGCUGUCUGUAUAAUCGAAUGAAUCCAUUGUAAACCUGCUUUGUAGAUAGGCCUUACACUGGAAUAAGUCACAGAGAGCAAGAUCUUUGGAAUUUGGUUAGCAAAUCUGUUAUCUGUCCCACUGUGAAUGCAUUAACUGUCAUUCACCAAGGUGGGGUAAUGUAUGAACUGCUGUAAGAUGGCAUAUUGUUUGGUAGACUGUGUUAAAAGAUUUCAGGCCUGCAUGGAUAGUAUUAACAGUAUGUUCUUGAAGGAGAACAUAUUAUGAUGUACUGCUGUUCUGAUUUUAUGAUUUUGAACUUUAUGCUGCCAUUGUCAGCCUUUAUGAAGAAGUAGGAAUGAUACAAAUGUUAAGAAAUGCAUUGAGUCAAUGUUUCUCAAGAUAAAGCACAAAGUUGGCUUUGUAUAUUUUAAUUUAGUUAUUGCACGACUAUUGUCACAGUUCAGCCUUUGUAUUAUUGCUGUGUAACAGUACACAACAUUUAGAGUACAGCUAAAAUGAAGACUAUGCGCCAGUUUAAACCAGAGCUUUGUGCUAUCAGAAAAGGAAGCAUGAAUGCAGUCUCCCAAUGCCAUAAGCAGAUUUUGAGUUUUGAUGUAUAAAGUUUUCGGCUUAAGGGAUUUAUCUUGGCUAGAACAAUAGAAAAAUGACAAGCAUAUCAGUUUUAAAUACUUCACAGUGUAAUUUCUUAACAGACAGGGGUGGCUAUAGUACUUUGAUAAUACAUUGACAUACUUUUUCCAGGUUUUGAGUUUGCUUUAUAGAGAUUACGCUCAAACAUCUAGUAUAUACUUAAUGCAUUUUAGAAACUUGUACAAACAUGCCAUAGACAACAACAUGCAUCUUCACUCAUUUUUCUUGUAGAAGAGUUAAUUAUGUUAAACCUUGCUUUAUAUUUAUGGUACUGUUAGACAAGUAGCAUUUUUGUCCAGAUUGUAUAGUGUGUUAUUGGCUUUAAGCCAGGCUUUUAUAAAAUUUAUAGCUGUGCAAUUGUUGAUGUAAAUUAAUUUGUAAAAGGCAGAAAUUGAAAAUAAAUAUAACUUUAUUUUGUUGUAAGAAGAAGCCUGUAAAUGUGACUUUUGCACAAAUGUGUUCUUCACUCCAUAAAAUGGUAUUUGCCAAAUCCUUAACUGAUAGCAGUGAUGAAGCUUGUCAUCACAGUGUUGUAACCUAAGGUGUUUCAACAUGUCACAGGCCAAAUCAAUUAUUAGCGAGGCCAAGGCAGUUAUCUGUAGUACAAUGUGUAUGGUGCACUAAUGCAGCAGCAGCUCUUAUCUUCUUGUCCAAGGAUCAGCUUCAAGUUCUGCCAUCUGUUUGUACUUUCUAAGAGGAUUAAGUUUAAUUUGGGAAUACCAUUUACAUACUUUUAUAGCAGUGUAAACUGCCAUUCUAAGUUGUAUAUAUUAGUGAUUAGAAAUUUUGCAGAGUAAAUGUUUCAAAAUCAAUUCUUGAAUAACUGCAUUUCUCACGAGUUCUUUGUACAUCUCUGUAUAAAUAUUUGAUUAUGUUUAGAAAAUGGUUUAAAAUAAAUAUUUAAAUGUAAUGUACAGUC